AUGUCCGCCACUAUAUUUAACAACAUCGAACAACUACCUCCAGAUGCCCUUUUCGGUAUCAAACAAAGAUAUUCCAAAGAUACCAGAUCUCACAAAGUCGACUUAGGAAUUGGUGCCUACCGUGACAAUAAUGGUAAACCAUGGGUUUUACCAAGUGUCAAAUUAGCAGAACAUUCCAUCCAUUCCGACCCAUCAUAUAACCAUGAAUAUCUAAACAUUUCCGGAUUAAACGCAUUCACCACCGGUGCCAGUAAUAUUCUUUUUGGUCCCGAUUCCAUAGCAAUCAAAGAAUCAAGAAUUGUUUCCAAUCAGUCUGUUUCAGGAACAGGUGCUCUUCAUAUCGCUGCUAAAUUCAUCUCCAAAUUCUUCCCUGAAAAGAAAAUAUAUUUCUCAAAACCAACUUGGGCAAACCAUCAGGCAAUUUUCCAAGCUCAAAAUUUACAAUGUGAUUCAUACCCAUAUUGGGAUGCAGCAACGAAAUCAAUCGAUAUGGAAGGGUAUUUGAACGCUAUCAAAACUGCACCAAGAGGAUCCGUUUUCGUAUUACAUGCAUGCGCUCAUAAUCCAACUGGGUUAGAUCCAACUAAUGAACAAUGGGCUAAUAUCUUAGAUAUGUUAAAUAUGGGAGAUCAUUUAGUUCUUUUCGAUUCUGCGUAUCAAGGGUUCGCAUCUGGUGAUUUGAAUAAAGAUGCAUACGCUGUGAGGUUAGGUGUGGAGAAAUUGAGUGAUAAUGUACCAAUCUUCGUUUGUCAAUCAUUUGCUAAGAAUGUAGGGAUGUAUGGGGAACGUGUUGGUUGUUUCCAUUUGGUAUUACCAAGACAAUCUAAUGAGGAUGAAACUGCAAAGGUUAAGGCUGCUUUAAGUUCUCAAUUGAAUAAGAUUGUUAGAAGUGAAAUUUCAAAUCCUCCCGCUUAUGGUGCUAAAAUUGUUGCCCAGAUUUUAAAUGAUGAGAAUAUGACCAACCAAUGGCAUAAAGAUAUGGUUACAAUGUCUAGUAGGAUUAUUAAGAUGAGACAUUCAUUGAGAGACAAACUGAACGAAUUGGGGACUCCAGGUAAUUGGGAUCAUAUUGUUAGUCAAACUGGUAUGUUUUCAUUCACUGGGUUGACAGCUGAUAUGGUCAAAAGAUUAGAAGAAGAACAUGCUAUUUAUAUGGUUUCUUCUGGUAGAGCAUCUAUUGCCGGUUUGAAUGAACAUAACGUGGAUCAUGUUGCUAAGUCUAUCGAUGAAGUUGUUAAUCAUUAUUCUUCUGAAGCUAAGUUGUAA